CCGCAAAGCAUGCCGCAAAGGAACUCGCGAGUUUCAUCCCCUUGUUUAUAUCACGACCACAUCCGGUGGCUAUUCUUACUGAUUGGUUCUUCCCAUCCAGAAUGCAUUUAUUGCGAUUGCAUACGGUUCGCCGUCCUGCUUGGCGUUCGCCCAGCCAGCACGCUUUCGAUUUUGUUCUGUUCUUGUAAUCCCUCAACCGCUCAGACCCACACUCGCGGUGUUCGUGGUCACAUGGUUAGUGACCUGACUGACGCAGCGGCAGCGGCGACGCACCCAACGCAAAACGCAACGGAGCAGCCAGGGCAGCCAUGUGGAAGCCUGUGGUACUUGUGAUUCUGCUGCUGACAGGGCAAUGCUGUUCGAAGCGAGCACGGCGCGACAUCACAGGACUGUGCAUCAAUGAUGUUGAUCGGCAGACUCGCGUCGAGCGCUUUGUGGAGAAUGUCCGCAAGAACCUCCGAGAAGAAGAACCUUUCCGUCUUCCAAGCGAAAUUGGGCCCAUGCGUCUGACGGACGGCGUCCUCUGGGGUCUCAGCAACUUCGAGCUACGCCAUGAACCGCAGAUUGCAUGUUCAGACACAACUGCCAACAUCACUUUGCUGCUGGGAUUACAAAGACCUCACGUGCGCUACAGAUGGAAUUUCGUCCCUUUCCCUGGCGUCACCGGACAGUUUAUUGCCCAUGCCGAACGUGCCACUGCAGACAUCCAGCUGGAAGCCCCGUUGCAGACGGGACCUGUUAGCGUAAAGUCUCUCACAGUUACCGAACUAAGUCAGGUGUGGAUAAAAGUUCCCAGUGUUCCUGUCAUCACAUGGAUAGCGUCACAGAUUGGAAACCUGGGUGCCAUGUUUACGCGCAACAACUUACGCAGGUUCUUGCAAGAUAACCUGCGGACUGCUGUUCAGCAGACCCUCGACAAACAUCCCUUGUGAGCUCAACAGGAAAGUGUAUUCAUGUGACAUAUAUCAAAUGAUUUUCAUGAUCCUGAACAAAGGAUCCUGAGGAUACAUUUGUUAGAUUUGUCAAGCACUGUACCUACCAGGUGGCUAAUUAUCUGCAAUUCAUUAAGGGCUUUCAGGCGAAGGUGAGACAGCAGAAUGGGUGACAAUCAUCGUUGAAAGCAAUUCUAAUUUUUAAAAUACCUGAAAGGAACAUGUGCAUUGAAAUAUCCAUUGCCCAGUUUUGCUAUGCAAAUUUGGCAAAUGCUUGCAUUCUGCCCCUAAUUACAGAGUUCAUUAAUGAGUUUGAGGUCAUACAGUAGCUGUACAUUUUUUCAAGUGAAUGUUAGCCUUGCCAUAUAACAGGGUCUAUGCUGCUCUCAUACCUUUUUAUGAAAAAUCUAUUGACAAAUAAAACACUCACUUAUCUUUAGGAUAAAUAGUUUUUAGCAGUCUUGGUUAGUAUGUAUGUUACAAGGAAUCUGCAGCUGUAACUACUUGAUUUUCUGCAAAUGUAACUUGUAGCAGCUUUUGGUCAAAGUAACUGUAAAAUGUAACUAACUACUGAGGUGGUGCCAUGUUCUCCAUGUGUCCUUUCCUUGGAAUAUCACCCACUGAUUACUUUUUCAUUUUUGGGAAUUGUAUUUACUCUACAUUUUUUCUUGAAAGGUUACUCUAAAGUAACUUACUUUAGCAUGCUAACUAGGUACAUAUUGAAAGGAGCAAAUGUAGCUGAAUUGCUAUUUUUACGAGUCGUGUAACUUUGUUGCUUUUGUAAAGGAACUUACCCAUGUCUGAUUUUUAGUACACCUACUUAAGAGAUACUAUGGAGGAUAGUUUUUACAGAAAUGCUCACGAAUAUAAUGAAAGCUUUAUAAUAUCGAAUAUUUGCCAUAUGCAUUUUACUAUUCAACAUGCCUCGUGUCCAUUCCUUGGAAUGUCACCCACUGUUUAUCAUUUUUGGGAGGUGUGUUUAUUUGGCAUUUUUUCUUGAAAGAUAAUGGUAAAGCAAGUUAGUUUAGCAUGGUAGCUAGGUGAAUAUCGAAAGGAGUAAAUGUUUUAUUCAACUACAAUUUUUAUUAGUCAGGUGUAACUUAGUUACAAUUGUAAAGCAACUUAACCAUGUCUGAUUUUUAGUUCAUCUACUUAAGAGAUACUAUGGUGGAUAGUUUUUACCAAAAUGCUCAAGACUGUAAUGGAGUUUUAUAAAAUUGAAUAUUUGCCAUA